UCAUUAUAUACCAUAAAAAACCGAAAAUAAGAAGGGAAAGUGAAAUUUGCACACAGCUUUUUUUGCUAAAGUACUAAAUGAUAAGACCAGGUAUUUUGUGUGAAUCAUAAAAAAUGUGCUGCUAAGUGCAGCUGCAAAUAGAUUUUCCGCAGUAAUCGUUCAAAACAGAACAAAAGAACCUAUUAGGUAGAAGCUAUCGGUGCCUGUUAACAUAAGUGAAGCGUCAAGCGGAAUGACCACUCUGUUUGCACGAAUUUUUCGUCAAGCAAAAAUCACAUUUGAACAAACCAAUGCAGAUCGGCUUCUAAGUAACCUACAGAAUUUGCGAACUUUGGUGGAACAGCUUACUCUGCACGAUCUGAAUUUGGAUCCUGCGGUAGUAGCUCACGAGACAUUUCAGCAACCAUUAAAAGCUCCAUGCACCUUUAUAGAUAUCUUCGAAAACACCUGCUUUACGAUGUCUGUUUUUGUUCUACGAGAAAACUACACAAUGCCCUUGCAUGAUCACCCACGGAUGCAUGGUCUGCUAAGAGUAGUCGCCGGAACGGUAAAGAUACAAAGUUUCACCGAAAUAGAUCGCCGUGAAGGAAUUCGUGAUGGCGAUGAGUUGCGUCAUGUAUUAGUCGAUGUGGAGCAGGCAAAAAUGAUUAGUCCUGAGAAAGGCGAUUGUGCUAUGUUAACACCAACAGAACGUAAUUACCACGAGAUAACUGCAAUCGGUGGUCCUGCAGCAUUCUUCGACAUUUUGAGUCCACCAUAUAAUGCCGAUAUUCCUGUUUAUGGAAGACGUACUUGUUCGUUCUAUAGAAAGUUAUUGCUCCCAGGUGAUGGGGCUAGUAACACUGGCCGCAAACGAAUGGUACUGGAGAAGAUUCCCACACCAGAGCAUUAUUACUGUGAUACUGAACAGUUUGAAACGCCGGAGUUUAUGUAUGCUAAUGCAACCAGCGAUUAGAAACACUUCCUGUAAAUUAAGAUGAGCAAAAGGAAAUGCCCAGAUGAAGUGUAGAUAUGUUUGAAACCAAUGUUACUGAGUAUCAUUUCAAUAUUAAUUUUGUUUACUUUAUAAUGUUACAAUCGCAAUUGUAUCAGAACAUUAGUGAAUCAUUUGGUACAUUUUUAAUAUUGAUUUUUAAAAUUAUUGCGAUUUUACAUAGCUAAGUGAGAUUCAAAAAUAUUUGAACUAAACACAAACAAAUCAAAUUAAAAUGCCACUGACCGUUUGCCGUGAGCUCACAAUUAACAAAAUUGUUGUUAUUUGUAAAAUAUUAGAUUGAAAAUAAAUUAGUUUAUAGAUACUGUCUACUUACGUUCAAGUGUAAAAGUUAUCUUAAAUAAA